CUCUUCCCCGUCCUCCCCCACCCCUUCUCCAUGCGCCUCUGCCUCCCCAUCGUCAUCAUCAUCAUCACCUGCUGCAGCAGCGCAGAGCCGCCUGGAGCUGCGGGCAGCGCAGCUAGCCUUCCUCAACUCGCCGCACCCGCUCGAAAUCCUCUCCGACCCAGCAGCGUACGGCACAGAGGGCACCAUAAGCCGCGACCACGACCCUCGCAACUACACCACCACUCUCACCAGCCUCGCGCUGAAAGCUGUGAGGAGAGUGCGGCAGGAGCGGAGGGAGCGGGAGGAGGAGGAGGUUAGGCGAGCGAAGGAGUUGGCGGAGCGGCAGCAGAUGAUGAUGCUACGGCAGCAGCAGCAGCGGCUGAAGCAUCAGCUGAUGCAGCUGGUGCCAAGGAAGAGGAGGCUGGUAUCCCGGAGGAGGAUUGCCAAGCAGAGCCGCCCCAAGCACGAUGUGGUGGCUGCGUCCACCCUGGCGGCUGCUGCUGCCUCGGCGUUUCUGGCAACGACGAGCGGUGGGAAGGGGAGGUUUGACGCCAGGGGCGAUUUGGGGUUGUCUUCUGCCUUCUCCUCUGGGCAGGCCUUGCCCCAGGGGGCUAUUAGUGUGCGGUUUGUCGCUGCGGCAGUGGCAGCAGCAGCGGCAGCAGCCGGAAAUGGUGCGGCUAGGGAGGGAAGGAUCGGUGGGAAGGGGAAGAGCAGCAGAAACGGCAUGGGUGCCAGCAGCAGGGCAUGUGAGAGAAUCUCAGUUGCAGACGCUUCUCUGGAUCUUCUUUCCUUGCUAGACAGCGGCAGUGGCAGCAGCAACGGCAGCAGCUUUGGCAGCACUAGCAGCAUGCCAGGAGGAGGAGCUAUGGUUUGCGUGACCUCUGAAAGCGCUGAGUCCUUCAGUGCACAUGGUUGUGGUGGAGGAGGAGGAGGAGGAGGAGGAGGAGGGGGAGGGGGGGCAUCCACCCUACUCUCUUGCAGCCUCCCUCGCUCCUCCAGCCCUCCCUCUGCCCACUCGCCUCCCCUCACCUCCUGUGCGCUCCCUGCCAGCCCCUCAACCGUUUCUUCCCCUGCUUGGUCCAGCACUGGCACCGGCAGCAGCAGCAGCACUGCAGCAGCCACAGUGGCAGGGGCGGUGGGGGGCGAGCGCAUUGGCGGCAGCAGCAGCGGGGGAGGGGAGGUGGGGAAGCGGGGGGGAGGUGGGUCGUGGAUGGACUAUUUUCUGUCGAUGUACCGGUCGAGGCACGUGGGGGUGGUGCUGCUGCUGCUGGCUGCUGGGGCUAGUACACCUGUGAGCCCUGCCUCCGUGCUCUCUCUGCUCGUGUAACCAGCUGGGCAUCUGAACCUCAGGGUCCAAGAAGAGAAGUGCAUACAGUACAGAGUGACUGGCAGAAUCUCCAGAUGCAACUGCAGCAAAUGCAGAACUUGCACAGAUAGACCAGAAGAAAGGUUCCGGGAUGACGGUGUAUAGUAGCAGCAGUGGCAGCAGCAGCAGCAGCAGCAGAAGGUUUGUUGCACCUGGAUAGGGGGGGCUGGUCAUUCUCGCUGUUGACUUCUACGAUAUACCAGUCGACUGAUGUGGGGCCUUAUGGGGAACUCGUUGAAACGAGUCAUCUCAACCUAUUUGAAGACCUCGCUCGUGGUACAUGGUGGGUAGGCAUUCUUUGGCGACUGGCUCGUGGCGUGUGAAUGAGAACACGCGCUGCAACACAGUAUUACGCCAGUCAGCUAGCAUAGGUAGGAAGGGGAGGUUGCCUUUUUGGUUUUUUUUUCUUCGGGCAUUUGGAUCAUGAUUUGCCCUUUUGGGCCUGUACAUAAUUCUUUUUGGAAUGCAUUUUGGCUUGAA